AUGAUCAACAUCUUCAAAAUUGUUUUGGAGACUCUUCGAACAAAAAAAUUGUAUGCUAAACUUUCCAAAUGCGAGUUUUGGCUCGAUCAGGUGUCUUUUUUCGGACAUGUAAUCUCUGCUGAAGGUGUCAAAGUCGAUCCGACGAAAAUUGAAACCGUCAUUAAUUGGUCACGACCUACGAACAUAUCUGAAGUUCGUGGUUUUCUGGGUCUGGCUGGUUAUUACAGACGAUUCGUUGAAGGUUUCUUUAAAAUAUCUCUGCCAUUGACCCGAUUACUUCGGAAAGGAGUUAAAUUCAAUCGGGGUUCCAAACAAGAAUCUAGUUUUGAGGAAUUGAAGCAUCGAUUGGUUACCGCACCUAUUCUUGUAUUACCGUCUGGUACUGGUGGGUUUCAAGUUUAUAGUGAUGCUUCAAAGAAAGGUCUCGGUUGUGUUCUUAUGCAACACGGAAAAGUGAUCGCAUAUGCUUCUCGUCAAUUAAAGCCUGAUGAGGUCAAUUAUCCAACUCAUAACCUCGAAUUGGCAGCAGUGAUUUCGCACUCAAGAUCUGGCGUCACUAUUUGUACGAUGAGACCUGUGAAGUUUUCACCGACCACAAAAACCUCAAAUACAUCUUUACUCAAAAAGAGUUAA